AUGCAUUGUGGGCCUCCCGACAUGGUCUGCGAGACGAAGAUCGUGGCCGCCGAGGACCAUGAGGCGCUGCCGGGGGCCCAGAAGGACGCGCUGCUCGCCGGCGCCGGCGCCAUGUGGCCCCCGCUGCCCGCCGCCCCCGGGCCGGCCCCCGCCCCCGCGGCUCCCCCGCCUGCGCCGGGCCCCCAGGCUCUCGGCGGCGCCGGGGGCGCGGAUCCGCCCGAGGGGCGCGGCGUGUACAUCCGCGAGUUCCGCGCGGCGGAGCAGGAGGCGGCGCGCCGCAUCUUCUACGACGGCAUCAUGGAGCGCAUCCCCAACACGGCCUUCCGCGGCCUGCGGCAGCACCCGCGCGCGCAGCUGCUCUACGCCCUGCUGGCCGCGCUCUGCUUCGCCCUGACGCGCUCGCUGCUGCUGACCUGCCUGGUGCCCGCAGGGCUGCUGGCCCUGCGCUACUACUACAGCCGGAAGGUGGUCCUCGCCUACCUGGACUGCGCGCUGCACACGGACAUGGCCGACAUCGAGCAGUACUACAUGAAACCCCCCGGCUCCUGCUUCUGGGUGGCCGUGCUGGAUGGCAACGUGGUGGGCAUCGUGGCGGCGCGGGCGCACGCGGCGGACAACACGGUGGAGCUGCUGCGUAUGUCCGUGGACUCGCGCUUCCGCGGCAGGGGCAUCGCCAAGGCUCUGGGCCGCAAGGUGCUCGAGUUCGCCCUGGCGCACCACUACUCCGCGGUGGUGUUGGGCACCACGGCCGUCAAGGCGGCCGCCCACAAGCUCUACGAGUCGCUGGGCUUCAGACACAUGGGCUCCAGCGACCGCCACGUGAUGCCCGGCAUGACCCUCUCGCUGGCCGAGCGCCUCUUCUUCCAGGUCCGCUACCACCGCUACCGCCUGCAGCUGCGCGAGGAGUGA